AUGGGGUGCGGGGUGCGGGGAAGCGCACGGGUUUCCCGGCCGCAGUGGCCGGCGGAAUGGCCUCCCCGCAGAGGGCCCCGAGCCCCGGAGGGCCCCCUCGGCGGCGACGGUGGCCCGCAUGAGCGCCCCUGCUCCGCAGGAGGGUCCCGCGCGGCGACCGGGCCCGCACGGCGCGGGGCGGGGCGGCGGGGAGCCGCGGACGCGGAGCCCCGGGCGGCGGGCCCUGAGCGCCGGCGGCAUGGCCGCGAGGGCGGCCCCGGGCCUGGAGGGGCCCCCGCGGCACGAGCAGGCGCGCGCGGGCUCGCCGGGUCGCGGUCCCGGGGCCCGCGCAGGCGCUGCCGCUGCACGGGCCGGUUCCAAGGCCCCCUCCCGCGCGCGCACCGGGCCGCCGGGAUGGAGGGGCGAAGGACCUUCUGGAAGAUGCUGCGGCUUGUCCUCACCCCUCCCCACUCCGGGAGGCGGUUCCUCUCCGCCUGCCUGCAGGUCCACCAGGACCUCUGCUGCCUCCCUGGCUUAAAGGAGGCACGCCGUCCCCGCCCGCAGGCGGUCUCCUCACCCGAGUGUAGUGGCUACCUGCUGGGGCUGGAUGUGCAGAUCUCCCACACAAAGCUUUCUGAGGAGGAUGAGUGGAACCUGCAGCAGGAGAGGACAUACGAAAUGCACCGGGGUCACGAGUCCAUGCACGUGGAGAUGAUCUUGAUCUUUCUCUGCGCCCUGGUCGUUGCCCAGAUAGUGCUGGUGCAGUGGAGACAGAGGCACGGCCGCUCCUACAACCUGGUGACCCUGUUGCAGAUGUGGGUUGUCCCUUUGUAUUUCACGAUAAAACUUUACUGGUGGCGAUUUCUCUCUAUGUGGGGGAUGUUCUCAGUUAUUACCAGCUACAUCCUCUUCAGAGCUACCCGAAAACCCCUUUCAGGGAGAACACCACGAUUGGUUUACAAAUGGUUUCUUCUAAUCUACAAACUCAGCUAUGCAUUUGGUGUUGUGGGUUAUUUGGCUAUCAUAUUUACAAUGUGUGGAUUCAAUUUGUUUUUCAGAAUCAAAGCUAGAGAUUCCAUGGAUUUGGGCAUCGUGUCCUUGUUUUACGGCCUCUACUAUGGGGUAAUGGGGAGAGACUUCGCAGAGAUCUGUUCGGACUACAUGGCUUCUACUCUAGGGUUCUACAACGUCAGUGGGAUGCCCACCAGGAGUCUGUCGGACGACAUCUGCGCCGUGUGUGGGCAGAAGAUCAUUGUGGAACUUGAUGAAGAAGGGCUCAUUGAAAACACCUACCAGCUUUCAUGCAAGCAUGUCUUUCAUGAAUUCUGCAUCCGAGGUUGGUGUAUUGUUGGUAAAAAGCAGACGUGCCCUUACUGCAAAGAGAAGGUCGAUUUGAAGAGGAUGAUCAAUAACCCCUGGGAGCGCACACACUUUUUAUACGGACAGAUCCUGGACUGGCUUCGUUAUCUGGUGGCCUGGCAACCUGUGAGAUCCCAAGAAUUUAGAGAACUGAAUAAAAACUGGCACUGGGUCUGUGUGGAAAGAAUUUAA